AUGGCGUCUUCCGAGGUGGACCAAAAGUAUCUGGGUCGGAUGGCCAGGUCCGUCGAGGGAGACAACCCGAUCCUUUCCUCAACGCUCUUCAAGAUCCUCGGGCUCUCUCUUAGGCUCUCUGACAAGCUCGUCGAGGUAAAGAAGCAGCGCAAGCCCGAUGCUACGCUUCACGAAAACAUCAUGCGCAUCCUGUGGUUGGCACGGGAAGGGCUCAAGAUGCUUCAGGAAUAUGUCAUUCCCUUCGUCACCAACUGCGUCGAGCUGAAAGUCCUGGCCUAUAAGCUACGCGCCAGCUUCUACCACAUCUUUGUCCUGUUUCGAAACCAGCCUCGCGUAUCCAACAUGCCCGACUGGGACCCCGACGCCGUGCCGACCGACCGCGGCAAGGACAUGCACGGCGCAGACGACUACCGGCAUCCAAUGCAUCAUUCGCUUGAAGGCGGCCCCGUUGGCCCUCCCCCGGGCUUCGAAGCGCCAGUCUCCGCGCGCUCGCUUUCCUUCCUGCUGCCCGCCAAAGACUACCUUCCCACGGCGCAUCAAUACUUUGAAGAGGCUGCGCAGCUGGCCGAUGCGCUCCUCUGGGGCUCCCACUCGUUGCGCCUGUCCGUCAAGACGGAAUAUGCGGCCUUCCUCUACGAAUGUGUCCACGACGCUGAUGCUAGCCGCACGCUGGCGAGAAAUACGAUCAAUGAGGUCUAUGAAGCGACAGAAGGCAUGGACGAUGACAUGUUUCGGGAUGCCUGCGAACUGGUCACCGUCCUGGGCAAGAUGAUGAGGCGGGGGCUCGGGUCCAACAACACCCUUCACGGCAAGGCUCAGGCCUCUCAUUCAGCUUCUCCUGGCGUUACACCCCCGGUCGGCAUGGAGAAUCCUAUCUAG